AUGGAGGCAGUUCCUUCCACUUAUCACCAACUCGUUCGCUUUCCAACCAAGUAUGGAGUAGAGGAGAUUCGUGGAGACCAAGUGGCAGCCAAACACUGCUUCAUUGCCGCCAUGAAAACCAAACAAGUCUGCGACCAAGUACAGAUGGUAGAAGUACCUGACCAGCCAGUUUUGGAAGACGUCGGCGGUGUGUCGACCGAGAAGAUGGUGGAGGACCUAGAGACGGUCUUGGUAGAAGAAGGAAACCCAGAUAAGUUCUUCCUGCUCGGCACUUCCCUCACUUACCCAAAGUGGCUGUCCAACACCGUCGUGGUGAAAAAGAAGAAUGGCAAAUGGAGAGUCUGUGUUGACUUCACUAGCCUUAACAAAGCUUGCCGUAAGGAUAGCUUCCCUCUUCCACGAAUAGAUCAACUUGUUGACGCAACGGCUGGACAUGAGCGCAUGAGCUUUCUAGACGCCUACAGUGGCUACCACCAGAUCCCCAUGUUCGGUCCUGACCAGGAGAAAACGGCUUUUAUCAGCCCUAGAGGCACUUACUGCUACAAAGUGAUGCCCUUCGGCUUGAAGAACGCUGGUGCGACCUACCAGCGAAUGGUCACCAAAAUGUUCAAGGACCAGCUCGGUAAAACCAUGGAAGCAUACAUUGAUGACAUGGUCGUCAAAAGCAAGUUGGCCGAACACCAUCUAAGGGACCUUGAGCAAGUGUUUAGAAUUUUGAAGACUCACAAGCUUCGACUGAAUGCCUCAAAAUGUGCCUUUGGAGUAGGAUCAGGGAAGUUCUUGGGGUAUAUGGUGACUAGGCGGGGCAUUGAAGCCAACCUCGACCAAAUUAAAGCCCUCCAAGACCUCAAAGCGCCUACAAAGGCUAAGGAACUCCAGAAACUUGCUGGCAUGGCUGCAGCACUUAACCGUUUCAUUAGUCGGUCCUCCGACCGGAUGAAGCCCUUCUUCCAACUUCUAAAGAAGAAAACCAGUUUUGAAUGGGGAAGCCAGUGCUCCGAAGCACUAGAAGAUUUGAAGAAGUAUUUGUCCUCUCCUCCCCUUCUAUCUACGCCUGUCGCCAACGAAGAGCUUUUCCUUUACUUGGCUGUUUCUGAUCAUGCUGUUAGUGUAGUGCUAGUCAGAGAGGAUGGAAAGGAGCAAAAACCAGUGUAUUAUGUUAGCAAGACACUCUUAGAUGCCGAAACUAGAUACUUGCCAUUGGAGAAAUUGGCAUAUGCACUAUUAAUUGCCUCUAGGAAGCUUGUUCACUACUUUCAAGGACAUACCAUCAACGUUCUCACUGAAUUCCCCCUCAAGUCGGUGUUCAGUCGAGCAGAUUUCUCAGGCCGAACAGCAAAAUGGGCGGUGGAGCUUGGAGAGUUUGAUAUCAAGUUCCAACCUCGGACAGCAAUCAAAGCUCAAGUCCUGGCAGACUUUGUUGCAGAAUUCACCCCGGGACCAGUUGUUCCCUCCGAAGGGAGCUCGACUUUGGUCACUAUGACUACCCAGCAUAAAGGGCAAUCCCCAGCCGAAGCAUGGAAACUUUUUGUUGGAGACAUAUGGAAGCUGUUUGUGGACGAUUCUUCUAACCAAAAAGGGUCAGGGGCAGGAGUUGUCCUUAUUUCUCCUGAAGGAUUCAUGUGGGAGCAAGCCAUUCGAUUGGGUUGGAAAGCCUCUAACAAUGAAGCAGAGUAUGAAGCUCUAUUAGCCGGCCUACGAAGUGCCGAACACUUCAAUGCGGAGGAACUACUCGUCUUUAGUGACUCUCAAUUAGUGGUCAACCAACUCUCUGGAGUUUACGAGGCUCGCGAUGAGCGGAUGGCCACUUAUGCAGCACAGGCUAAAAAUUUAAUCAGAAAGUUCCAAGCCAUCAAAGUCGAGAAGAUUGGCCGAGAGGGAAAUGGUCAUGCUGACGCUUUAGCUUGCCUGGGUUCCUCGGUCGACUCCAGAGACGGCCGCAAAAUAUGGGUGGAAUAUGUACCCCAACCAAGUAUUCAACUAGUCGAAAUGGUCCUUUGCACUGACUUGGGCCCGAGUUGGAUGGACCCACUCUUGGCCUUCUUGAAAAAUGGCACCCUUCCUGAGGACAAAAAAGAAGUGCACAAGACAAGGCACAGAGCUGCUCGGUUUUGGGUCUCCCCAUCUGGCAAGCUUUACAAGAAGUCCUACAUGGGCCCUUAUCUACUCUGUGUUCAUCCAAGUCUGGUGGAAGAUGUGCUUUAUGAGAUCCAUGAUGGAAUCUAUGGGAGUCACACUGGUGGUCGGUCCUUGGCACACCGAGCCCUAACGCACGGGUAUUGGUGGCUGUGCAUGCAAAAGGAGGCCCAACAGUACGUCCGCAAGUGCGACAAGUGCCAAAAGUUUGCUUCUCUCAUUCACCAGCCAACCAAAGCUCUAACCCCUCUCACCAGUCCUUGGCCAUUCGCUCAGUGGGGCUUAGACAUUGUUGGACCAUUAGCUAGGGGAACUGGGAAUAAAAGGUUCUUUAUCGCUGCAACUGACUACUUCACCAAAUGGGUGGAGGUGGAGGCCUUGUGCAAGAUCAAAGAAGCAGACACUAAGAGGUUUGUUUGGCGCAAUGUUGUGACUCGAUUUGGCAUUCCCAGAGUCCUUCUCUCUGACAACAGUACACAAUUUGAUGGCAAGAUCUUCAGGAGAUUUUGCGCUGACUUGAAGAUAGAGUUCCGAAACUCCACUCCGGCCUACCCACAGGGCAAUGGCCAAGCUGAAACGUCCAACAAGACGAUUAUUGACGGGAUAAAAAAGCGUCUUGAAAAAGCCAAGGGCAAAUUGGUGGAAGAGAUACCGAAUGUCCUCUGGGCUUACCGAACUACUCCUCAUCGGUCAACCGGUGAGACACCUUACUCUCUCACCUAUGGGAUGGAAGCAAUCAUCCCUUUGGAGGUUGGCCUUCUUACCAUCCGUUCUGAGAUCUUUGAGCCAACAGACAAUGAUGAAGCUAUUGCCCAAGCUCUGGACAUGGCCGAAGAACGUAGGGAAGCUGCCCUCAUUCGAUUGGCGGCUUACCAACAACAACUCACUAAGAGCUUCAACAAGAAUGUGCGUCCAAGGCAAUUCCUACCAGGUGACUUGGUACUCAGGAAGGUAAUGGAUCACAAGAAAGUUCCUGGGGAAGGGAAACUCGGUGCAAACUGGGAGGGGCCCUACAAGGUUACCUCAGCACUUGGCAAUGGCGCAUACUAUCUGGCUGACUUAUCAGGGAAGGAAAUCCCCAGACCAUGGAAUGUCGCCAACCUAAAGAAGUACUUCCAGUGA